GCGGGUCCACGCGUGUCCGUGCAGCGGUGUGGGCGGACAGGCUGCCGCAGCGGCCGCGACCAGCCCGCUCCGCCGGCCCUCCAGCCCCAGCGGGUCGGCAGGUGCGAUUCCUGGUGGCGGUCGGCGCCAGCCCCAGCUGCCCCAAAGACCGGAUUUACUCCGGGGAGGAAACUUCCUGCCCCACGUCGGCGGCACAGUAGUGACCAGCUCUGGCAUGUGCACGUGAUGAUGGACAGCAAGGACCUAGAAGCCGAAAUCCACCCCUUGAAGAAUGAAGACAAGAAACUGCAGGAGAAUCUGGGAAACCAAGCGAAAACGGAGGAUAGCUUGAAAGGCUCACCUUGGCAGCCCCACCUCUCCCGAUGCCGCACAGUGGCGUUUUUUCUUUCACUGUUUGUCUGCCUUUUUGUAGUGUUCGUGGUUUCCUUCAUCAUCCCGUGUCCGGACCGGCCUGCAUCCCAGGGGGUGUGGAGGAUCGACUACAAUGCAGCAGUCACCUAUGACUUUCUGGCUACAGAAGACAUAAACAGGGACAGGAUCCAAGAUGUUCUCUUUCUUUAUAAAAAUACCAAUGGCAGCAACAAUUUCAACCUAUCCUGCACCGAUGAAGGCUUUUCCUCCCCCUGUACCUUUGUGGCCGCCGUGUCCGGGGCCAACGGCAGCGUGCUCUGGGAGAGGCCUGCAGCCCAGGACGGGGCCCUCGUGCAGUGCUCCGUCCCACAGCUGCAGGGCGGCAGGUCGACCUCUGCCUGCAUCCUCGUGGGCAGACCUGGUUCCUUCGUUGCUGUGGACUUGUUCACAGGCGAAACCCUGUGGAGCCACCCCAGCAGCUUUGGAAGGAAUGCUUCCAUCCUGAGCUCUUUACUCCAGCUGCCCGACGUCGAUGCUGACGGGGCCCCAGACCUGCUGGUUCUCACCCAGGAGGAGAAGGAGGUUGGUGGCUACCUCUACUCCGGCAGCACUGGACAGCAGAUUGGCCGCCGCGGCAGCCUUGGUGUGGGCGGGACCACGGGCUCCCUCCUGCACGUCUCCCCGGCGGGUGCCCACUACAUCCUUUUUCCUUGUGCGAGCUCCCUCUGUGGUUGCUCUGUGAAGGGUCUCCACGAGAAGGCGACUGGGAACGGGAGCCCACUGAGGAGCGACCCGCACUGGGAGGGCGUGCUGAACGCCACCACCCCCAGGCUGCUGUGGCACAGCCCGGGAGCCAUCCGCUACCUGAUGAAUGUUCCAGGGAAGGCUGGUGAGGACCUCCUCCUCGUGAGUUCAGAGGCCUGUGUGCUGGUUGAUGGGCAGGACCUGGCACCCAGGUGGACCUUCAGCGUAGCCCAGGUCUUGAGAAAACCCAUCCUCGGCCACUACAAACCUGACACCUUGGCUGUAGUCAUUGAAAACGGAACCGGCAUUGACAGACAGAUCCUGUUCCUGGACCUCAGCACCGGGGCUGUCCUGUGGAAACAGGCCCUCCCGGGCCUCUCCGGGGAUCCGCAGUCUGCCAGCCUGCCAACCGCAGACCACCGCUCAGCCUUCUUCUUCUGGGGCCUCCACGAGCUGAUGGGCACCAACCAGACAGAGCCCAGAGACGCCCAGCAUACCCUGUACGUAUUCCAUCCCAGCCUGCCUGGCGUCCUGCUGGAGCUGGCCAACUUCUCUGCCAACAUCGUUGCCUUCCAAGCGGUCCUGUUCGAGCCAAGCCGCCAUGCUGCCUGCGUCCUCCUGAUGGGCCCGGCUAGCCCAGACGCGCCUGGCAUGGUCUCUGUGGCCAAGCACAAGGUGCGGGACCUUGUCCCGAGCAGUAGGGUGGUUCGCCUGGCCGAGGGCGGGCCCGACAGCGACCAGGCUGUCCGCGACCGCUUCUCCCGCCUGCGGUACCGGAGUGAGGCCUAG